AUGGAGUCCAUGAGCACUGUGUUCUCUACCACCUACGAGUCCGAGGCCGAGGCUACUCGUGCCUGCAAGACCGUAGGCUGGGAGAUCGGCUUUGGCCUUAGGCGCCGGAAUGCGAAGCCUUCGGCUCGUGCGCCGACCUAUGUGUUGCUCAUCUGCACGAAGUACGGCCCGUACGUUGAUAACCACGACCCAGGCGUACACGAGUCGAAGAGCCGGCCGAACACAUCGUCACAAUGCACCGACUGCAAGUUCGCCCUUGGGCUUAAGAAGCAGCCUGGAGCGGGAGGCGGCUGGACUGUGCAGCCCACCGCGAAGUGCGAGCCUCACAAUCAUCCCUUUAGAGACCGCAUUAGGCAGCCACAUAGGCUGUAG